AUGGCAUCAACAAACUCUAUUAAAAUUUUUUCUGGUAGCUCUCAUGUAGAACUUGCAAAACUUGUAGCUGGACGAAUAGGCCUAGAACUUGGUAAAGUGGUAGUGCUAAAAUAUAGUAAUCAGGAAACCUGUGUCACAGUUGGCGAGUCAGUUCGUGACGAAGAUGUUUUCAUUAUACAAUCUGGAUGUGGAGAAAUUAAUGAUAAUUUGAUGGAACUUCUUAUAAUGAUCAAUGCAUGUAAAACCGCAUCAGCCCGACGAAUUACUGCAGUAAUUCCUUUGGCAAAUAUGCUGACUGUUGCUGGUGCUAAUCACGUUAUUACUGUGGAUUUACACGCGAGUCAGAUUCAGGGGUUUUUCAAUGUUCCUGUGGAUAACUUGUAUUCAGAGCCUUCUAUGCUAAAAUAUAUCAGAACGGAAAUACCGGAUUGGAAAAAUUCAAUCAUUGUAUCCCCUGACGCUGGUGGUGCUAAAAGGGCGACGGCAAUAGCAGAUCACCUUAAUUUAGAUUUCGCCUUAAUUCACAAAGAGCGCAAAAAAGCAAAUGAAGUAUCACGUAUGGUAUUAGUAGGUGACGUCCGUGGAAAAGUGGCCAUAUUAGUCGAUGAUAUGGCCGACACUUGUGGGACUUUGGCGCUAGCCGCCUCCACUCUUAAAGAAAAUGGGGCAACCAAAGUAUUUGCUAUCGUCGCACAUGGAAUUCUCUCCGGUAGAGCCAUUGAAGUGAUUAAUAAAUCCUGUUUGGAACGGGUGGUUGUUACAAAUACAAUUCCUCAUGAUGAUAAGAAAGCCAUUUGUUCUAAACUCGAUACAAUCGAUAUUUCGGCUACACUUGCGGAAGCUAUUCGACGUACUCAUAAUGGAGAGUCCGUCUCUUUUCUGUUUUCACAUGCUCCGGAAUGA